UGCCCAUCAGUGCCACAUAUCAGUGCCCAUCUGAGUUGCCUUUCAGUGUCACCCAUCAGUGCCACCUAUCAAUGCCAGGCAGUGCCACCUAUCAGUGUUGCCAAUCAUCAGUGCCGCCUAUCAGUGUGCAUCAGUGCCGCCUAGCAGUGCCCGCCAGUGCUUCCUAUCAGUGCUGCCUAACAGUGCCAGUCAGUGCCGCCUAUCAGUGCCACCUAUUCGUGCCACCUAUCAGUGCCAUAUAUGAGUGCUGCCUUUCAGUGCCCAUCAGUGAU